AAAAGAAAAAUGCUGAAACAUUAUUUGGGUAGCUCGUCUGAUAUAUUUGGACUUAUCGGAGCCUUAACUACUGGAAUAAUAGCUUUCAAGGUAGCAGUUGGACUAUUCCGGUUCCUAAGUGUUCACUUUGUAUCUAAAAUUCUUCCACUGUCUGCAAAUCUAAAGAAAGCCGGCUCAUGGGCAGUAAUCACUGGCAGCACUGACGGUAUCGGCAAGGCCUACGCAGAACAGCUUGCUGCAAGAGGCAUUAAUGUUGUACUCAUUAGCAGGACUCUGUCAAGAUUGACUGACAUGGCAAAAGAAAUAGAGGAAAAAUAUAAAGUCCAGACCCUCAUCAUAGCAGCAGACUUUACUCAAGGAAAUAUAUACGAGGAUAUAAAAUCCAAGCUACAGAAUCUGGACAUUAGUGUGUUAGUCAACAACGUAGGCAUGUCUUAUGAAUAUCCUGAAUAUUUUGGAGAUGUGGACUCCCCUACUUUUGUUCAAGACAUGUUACACAUGAACUGCACAUCAGUAGCUAAAAUGACUGAAAUUGUUUUGCCCUGCAUGUUAAAGAAGAGGUGUGGUUAUGUCAUUAACAUUGGAUCAAGUGCAGGGACCAAUCCUGUACCAUUUCUUGCCCUCUAUUCAGCCACCAAGGCUUUUGUUUCAACAUUUAGCAAUGCUCUACAACAUGAAUACGGUAGUAAAGGCAUCACUUUUCAGUGUAUUGUUCCAUAUUUUGUUGUGAGCAAGCUUAGCAAAUUUCGCUAUCCUUCAUUGUUUGUGCCCUCGCCAACCACUUUUGUUAAGAAUGCACUGAACACAGUGGGUAUUCUGACACACACUACAGGUUACUGGGCUCAUGAAAUACAAGACAUCUUUAUGCCUUGGGUACCCAUAUACUUUGUAAAGGCAGCUUUCCUCACAGCAAGAUCCAAGGCUUUAAAAAGAAAACAAACAUCAAGCAAAACUGAAUAGAUUAUCAAUAAUCCUAGAAUUAUUUUUAAUGGAAUUAACACUUUUUCCUCAAGUGAACAUUACAAUAAUAAUUUGUCUUUUUACUAGAAUACUUUUAUAAAAUUAUAAUUAUUUGCUGUAAUCCUAUGUUUAUUAAAUGUAUUAUAUCAAAAUAUAGAGUAGAUAAACAUUGAUAUAUGAGGUGCUUUAUGUCACAUUAGUAAGGGUAAUUUGUGUAAUUCAAAGGGUUGUGUAUGGUAAAACUAAAAACCUAUACAAUGUGCUUGUAUUUUUAAUAUUGGGUAUGUACUUGCACAUAUUUUAAAAACUUUUAACAUUUUAUAUGUGCUUGUUUGAAGAUAUUAUUUGCUGCACUGUUCCUUUUUUGUCAUGGUAGCUUUGUUUAACUCAAGUUUUUUUUUGUUACUCUAGAAAAGAAAACAAUUACAGAAUAAAUCAAACACAAAUUUCUGUCAGGGUAUAAACCAUAAAAGUUUUAUAAGUUCAAAGAAUAAUAAUUAAGCCAUUUUUAAACACUGAAAGUUGAAAGUAUUAAAUGUAGUUGAACAGUUGUAACAUUACAAAUCAAAAUAGCAUCAAUUUAUAUGAAACUAAAAUCAUUUAUGUAUUAUAUAAUCAUUCUAUUCUAUUAAUAUAACUAGUUCACAUGCUUGUGAUGAGUGGCUUUUUCACUUUUUCUUUUCAUGAAAAUGUAUUAGUAAAUUAACUAUAUGUGUUUUGUUAAUAAACCUCAUAACAAAGGCAAAUAGUAAAAUGUUAACUUCAAAUAAUUUGUCUUUUAUAUUGUUUUUAUAAUAUUUCAUUAGUAUUUUUGCUCAGUAUUUGUUUUCAAAAUUUCAUAUUGACAUCUGUUGUUUUAAGGUUAUAUUUUUGAAUUAAAAAAAUUCCAGAUAAAUUA